AUGGUCAUACAAGCAAGUCAAGCGUUCGCAUCAAAUACCGCCAAAAUGCGCACGUACGACGACUCCUUCUCGGGCCAGAGAAUCUACCCUGGAAAGGGUAAGCUCUACGUCCGCGGUGACUCCAAGACUUUCCGUUUCCAGAACAGCAAGUCCGAGUCGCUGUUCCUCCAGCGCAAGAACCCCCGCCGCAUUGCCUGGACCGUCCUCUACCGUCGCCAGCACCGCAAGGGCAUCUCUGAGGAAGUUGCCAAGAAGCGCACCCGCCGCACCGUCAAGGCCCAGCGUGCCAUCGUCGGUGCCUCCCUCGAUGUGAUCAAGGAGAAGCGCAGCCAGCGUCCCGAGGCUCGCUCCGCCGCCCGCGCGGCGGCCAUCAAGGAGAGCAAGGAGAAGAAGCAGGCCGACGCCGCGGCGAAGAAGGCCGACAAGGCCAAGAACGCCGGCCUCGCCUCCAAGGGCCAGACCAGCCGCAUCUCGAGCAAGCAGGGCUCCAAGGGCGCGCAGGCCAAGGUCCAGGCCAACACCCGCUAA